AUGAAGGUUCGCAACCUCUGCGUCGCGCUCGGUUUUGGAGCCAGCCAGGUGGCUGCUCUAUAUGCUGGUAUCCCACGCUUUGCAAGAAGCACCGGAGCGGUUCGAGGUAUAGAGAAAACCGAGGAACCUGCGGCGGUGAAUACUGGAAGCGCAAUCAAGGCCUACAGCAUGUCGGUGCCAAUUGACCACUUCCCCAAUGAAACCAAAUACGAACCGCAUUCCAAGGACCACUUCAACCUUCGCUACUGGGCCGACGUUUCUCACUACAGGAAAGGCGGCCCAGUCUUCAUCAUACAUUCGGGAGAAUUCAGCGGGGAAGGCCGCUUGCCCUUUCUUGAAAAGGGCAUCGGCUUCAACAUCACCCAGAUCACGGGCGCUGUUGGCAUUGUCCUGGAACAUCGAUACUACGGAGGAAGCUGGCCAACAGAGAAUGCUACCACCGAGAGCUACCGAUUCUUGACAACAGAACAGGCAGCCGCCGAUGUGGCCUUCUUUUCGAAAAACCUCAAGAUUCCGGGACACGACAAACUGAGCCUGGCUUCCCCUGAAAGCCCUCAUAUUCUCUAUGGCGGCUCCUAUGCGGGGGGACUCGUGGCCAUCGCUCGAAAGACCUACCCUGAUGUCUUCUGGGGCGCCAUUUCUUCGUCCGGCGUAACUGCUGCCAUUGAUGACUUUUGGCAGUAUCACGAAGCAACACGCUGGUUUGCCCCUGGGGAGUGCUCGCCCACCAUCCAGCAUCUGACUGCCAUUGUCGAUCAUGCCCUCCAGCACGAAGAGGCCGAGUUCAAGGCAAUCUUCGGGCUGCGGGACUUGCGACGCGACCAAUUCGCCGGCUACCUCGCGGACCAGCUGCCCUCGGCCCAGGACACAAACUGGGACCCGGAGCUGGACGACACGAGCUUUGGCACGUUUUGCGCGGUCGUUACCUCGAAUUGGCUUCUCUUCAAGAGCACAGAGUAUCUCAUAGAUCGCGUCAGACGAUACGUCGAGGCGCCCGGCCUUGUCCAAGGCGGCAACAGCAGGCAGCUGACAAUGCGCAUGCUCAACUACAUCGGGUACAUCAAAGACAGGGUCAACAAAGACAAGGCAGCCUGCAAAGCCGUUACAGACGGCUCCCACCAGGACCCAAAAAGAUGCAAAACGCCGCUUCAACAAUGCCUGUCGACCCAGUGCCAAAAGGGCACGACGGAAAUCAGCAAGAAUUCUUGGGAACGCAGCUGGUUGUAUCAAAUGUGCACAGAAUGGGGAUUCUUCAUCAACGGUGCUUCGACGCCCCACGAUCGUCUUGCCAUGAUACCCCGAGCCUUAACGGCCAAGUCGGCAUCGUUGACAUGCGAGGCCGUUUUCGGCAUCAAGUCCCGCCCCCAGGUUGAAACAAUCAACAAGCACGGCGGCUUCAACUUCAGCUAUCCCCGGGUCGCUUUUAUCGACGGCAAGCAGGACCCGUGGCGAUGCGCUGGCGUCCACGCGGACGGCUUGCCUGACCGCAGUUCGACUUGGACGGAGCCCUACGAGCUCAUGGACUGGGGCGUGCACCAAUGGGACGAGAACGGACAGGGAGACAAGCAGUUUUGGGAAGGCGAUAUGUCGCAGGCGCCGCAGCAAGUCGCUAACAUGCAGGGAAAGGAGCUGGAGAUUGUGAAGAAAUGGUUGAAGGAGUUCAGGAAACACGGUCCUAUCUAG